UUGGUGUCUACUCUCACUCCAUCCACAAGACCUGGGCAGCAGCAAAUCCGCAAUCCGAUUCCGGAGAGCGGGGUCCCAUCGGAUCCCUUGGACCUCGUGGCUGUCAGUGUGACCCUGGGCAAGACUCACCAGCUGGGGAAUGAACAGUGCGAUUCUCCCAUCCUGAGCCUUUGUGACUCUAUGGGCAGAGUGGCCACACGUCCCUGUUCCCUACAGGUCUUGGCAAUGAACGCCCCUGGAGGAAGGAGGCAGGAAGGUAGAAGGGCCCAUAGACCCCGGGAACAGGACCGAGAUGUGCAGCUGUCUAAGGCUCUGUCCUAUGCCCUACGCCAUGGAGCCUUGAAGCUGGGACUUCCCAUGCGAGCUGAUGGCUUUGUGCCCCUGCGAGCCCUCCUGCAGCUGCCUCAGUUCCACAGCUUCUCAAUGGAGGAUGUGCAGCACGUGGUGGACACCAAUGGAAAGCAGCGGUUUGCCCUACAGCCAGGCGAGCCCAGCACUGGCCCUCUUAUCAGGGCCAAUCAGGGCCACUCCCUACAAGUACCUGAGUUGGAGCUGAUGCCCCUGGAGACACCACAAGCCCUGCCUUUGAUGCUAGCCCAUGGUACAUUCUGGAAGCAUUGGCCAUCUAUUCUACUGAAGGGCUUGUCAUGCCAAGGAAGGGCACAUAUCCACUUGGCCUCAGGAUUACCUGGGGACCCUGGUGUCAUCAGUGGCAUGCGCCCAAAUUGUGAAGUAGUGAUAUUCAUCGAUGGACCCCUAGCCCUGGCAGAUGGAAUCCUCUUCUUCCGCUCUGCCAAUGGGGUGAUCCUGACACCAGGGAAUGCUGAAGGCUUCCUACUUCCUAAGUACUUCAAGGAGGCCCUGCAACUACGACCUACCCGAAAGCUUCUCUCCUUGGCUGGUGAUAAAGAGACGGAGUAUCAGAGUGGCCCCAAGCACAGCUCCAGAGGAGGGAGAAAGGUCCAACAAUAAAAUAUUUAUUUAUUAAAAAUCUGAAA